AUGAGGCCACUUACCGACGUCGAGACCCAAACUCUCUUCACCAAGCUCGCCAACUACACUGGCCGCUCGUUAACUCAACUGAUUGCGCCCGGCGACUCCUCCACGGACGACGACGACCGCCAUGUCUUUCGCCUGCACGAGUCGCGAGUCUACUACGUGCGCCUUUCCCUCGCAAACCUUGCGACCUCCAUAGCGCGAGACAACCUCCUCUCUCUCGGCACGUGCAUGGGCAAGUUCACCAAGACCGGAAAGUUCAGACUGCACAUCACCGCCCUAGACGUGAUAGCACCACACGCCCGCUACAAGCUAUGGAUCAAGCCGAACGGCGAGAUGCCGUUUCUAUAUGGGGGGAACAUCGUCAAGGCACACGUGGGCCGGUGGAGUGAGGACUGCCCCGAACACUCAGGUGUGGUGAUUCUCGCGAUGGACGACACGCCGCUUGGAUUCGGCGUUACCGCCAGGUCGACGGCGGAAGCGAGGAAAUUGGAACCAACAUCGAUCGUGGCGUUUAGGCAGGGAGACGUGGGAGAAUAUCUGAGAGAGGAAGAUAGCUUAUUCACGACUUGA